UCGACUUGGCAUCGUUGAUGGUGUAGGAUCCAAGUAGCUUGUGCGUGUGUGUGUGCGUGUUAUCUAGCAUAUGAAAACGUAUCGCCGACUCGACUUUGUAUUGUUUUUCCAAGUCGAAAGUCUCCUCUUUAUUGCUUUCGGCUCCUUGCGUCGGCGCUGUGGUCCCGUAUCUCGUGUUAUCACGGCGCACAAUGUAGUCGGCGCGCAGUUUUGGGCCGAGCUCCUCGGUGCGGUGGUUAUUUGAGUAAGCUCCCGACGCACGAACCAACGCGACGAUGUUGGUUUUUGCAGUUUUUCCUCGUCGGAAAUACGACGCACACAUCUCCAGGACUCGUGCAUGCUAACCUCCACACGCCAAAGUUCGGAAGAAUGGAAGAUUACAAAUUUCUCUUCAAAGUCGUGCUAAUAGGCAACGCAGGUGUUGGGAAGACUUGUCUAGUCCGGAGAUUUACUCAGGGUCUGUUUCCUCCGGGUCAAGGAGCUACAAUCGGUGUCGAUUUUCUCAUCAAAACUGUCGAAGUGGACGGCGAGAAAGUUAAGCUCCAGAUUUGGGACACGGCGGGCCAGGAGAGGUUCCGGUCCAUCACGCAGAGCUACUACCGCAGCGCCCACGCACUCAUCCUCGUGUACGACAUCAGCUGCCAGCCCACCUUUGAUUGCCUGCCCGACUGGCUGAGGGAGAUAGAGCAGUAUGCCAGCCCCAAAGUACUACGAGCUCUCGUCGGCAACAAGAUCGACCGGGAGGACCGCGAGAUCCCACAGCACAUCGGCGAGGAGUUUGCGCGGCGCAACGACAUGUACUUCGUCGAGACGUCGGCCAAGGAGGCCGACAACGUCGACAAGCUGUUCACCGAGAUCGCGGUCCGGCUCACGGCGGAGGCGAGGGCAACGCACGCACGCUACUCCGGCCGCCCUUCCGCCGCGACGGACUCUUUGCCGGACUUGAAGGAGGCUUCCGGCGACAGGGGGGACCACUCGUGCUGCAGCAGGGUGUUAUGAGCUCUCGGACGCCGCUCCGGAGGACGCCGCCGCUGCCGCCGCUGGUUUGCACUUGCCACGUUUCGUUUGCCUGUGAUGCGAGUUUCGUACCCGCUUGCUCGCGCAUUUCGUCCGGCCAAGCCACCUCUGGGGAGUAGCCUAUACCCUGAGGGUUGCUCGUUUUUAGGGGGUUGUUUGUGGUUGCCAGACAGUGUUUUAGUCGUGCGACGAUGGGGAAGGAUUGCAAAGCACCUGCCGUGCUCUCCAAAGACAGCUCCUGUUCUCGGUUUUACUGUAACUAGGCAUAGAGUGAACGCUACGGCCCCCUGUCGUGCCAAUCGGAGUGAUGGAGGCAGAGCAUGUGACGGCCCUUACCAAAUGUAUGGGGAUGGGAUUGGAACCCAAGCAGUGGGAAAGGAGGGAAAAGAGGAACUCCCCUCUUGCUCGGUCCCUUUUUCGUGUGUCCAGGACGUUGCUAUUCUCCUCCUAGAAGACAAUCCUACGACUCCAGAUUCGUACGGAAGCAGCUGUCCCCUUUCCCGCCCGUGGCCUUGGCGCCACCGUGCACAACUAGUGAGGUAGAGUGUAGUCACCCGCUUCCCCUCCCACGCACCAGUUGGCUAAUUGGGACUGUAGCCUUCACCAUUUGCCGAGCUACGGUGAAAUGGAGUGUAAACAGGAGCUUGUCGGUCGAAAGGCUAAUACGUUUUUGUUUCUGUUUAGUUUUGGAGAACAUUCUUUUUAGUCUGUUGGUUGCCUUUGUGGGCUCAUAGAGGUACGCUGAAGUUUCUACAGGUCUGAAGAACUUGGCGGCCAGUGUGUUAUGCCGGACUGGUGAGCGAUCGUGAGAGCUCGCACCUAGUGAAAUGAUGUUUAGCAGAGCGAAUAUUUUCGCUGAGAUAAUCAUUUAUGGCGUUGCCUUGCCGAGAGCAAUGAUCUUCCCAUGACAACUGUUAAUUUCUAAUCUUAAAAAAAUGUAUAAAAAAAAACACUUUUUUUUUUAAGUUUCUACAAUGUGCAGUUAUGGGGCAGGCGAGAGAGAGAGAAAACUUACAAUUGUGUCAAUAACAUGGCAUUUUCCAGUCGCGAGCGGGCCAAACAUUUUUGCCAACGAGACGUCGGGAAGGUACAGGGUUGACUAGAUUCCGUUUUGCCUUUUAUUUGUUUUCUCUUAUUGGCUAUUCUAAGUAGGAAAUGUGUGAGAGCCGCAACUCAAGGUCUGUCCAAACUCGUCCAUGGUUACAACUCCGUACAGAACAGAAACAGAACUGAGCUUUGUCCCGAUAAACUCGGCGGUGUAUUUGCGCUGGAAGGCCAGAACAGCAUUGAAGCGCCGUCGCGGACGUUGGUGUUUUUCUGCGCACGUCCAUCAAUUGCGUCCCCAUUGUUACGCCCUCCGUUUCGUAAAGGAAGUGGUGCCGCCCCCUAUACUCACCUGCAUGUUGUACCCCAUCGUUUUUGUACGCUCAAAGGAUCUUAGGUACACGAAGCGCGACAACCCCUCCUCAUUUUUAGAUCUCUUGGAAUGUUCUCCUUCUCUUCUCACCGUUAGGAUGAGGGCAGACGUACGUUUUAGCCGUAGCUUGAAUGAACCUCGCAGCGUUCCUUCGUUCGUUUCGAAAGCUGUGUCAACACACUGGCACGGGAAUGUGUGGAGCAAGCCCUGAAAAUUAGCAUUGGGAAGCGAUUGCGACUGCAGUUACCACUGCCGCUCAUGAUAAAAACCCUUAAAAGGUUGUGCUUUUUUUUUUUUUUUUAUUAUUGCAGAGACAGGCAAUCUUUGACUGAACUAACCUCCUUUUUGUACCGACAUUUUAUUGCGUUUUUACGAUUAUUGCAAAGGCUGCUUGUUGCAUAUGCUUAGUUACCAGCCCAAAUAGACACGCUUUUUAGUUCAGCCUUCGUUUCGGGGGCAUUUUUUUAAAGUUUUAGAGGGGUGCACAUUCUCGCCCAAGGUUAGCCGUACCAUUCUUUGGUCGCCUUUUUAAGUGCAUUUUCGAGGGAAAAUUUUAGAAUGCAGAACUUGUCAAGAAUCAAAAAAAAAAAAAAAAUUUCUUAUUCUACCCAUAAAAAAAUAACUUGUUUGUUUUUUGUAAGGAAUAAUUUAGUUUCUUUUAAUAUACUGUUUUCAAUCUAUACAGCUAUGACCAGAUGCCAUUCAUCGGUUUGUCACGUCGAGUCACCAUCUAGGGAGGUGUAGGAGAUGACGGUCACUGAAUGGGCUACACUUAAAGUGUCAGCACCUAAAUCCCUAAUUUCUUUGUGGGACGCCGCCAUUUUGGUGCCUACUCUAGGGUAAAUGCAACUGGCAAUUGUUACAAUAAAAAAAAAAAAAUUUACUUGAGCUUUGGACACUGCAUCAGGGAUCUUGGGCGGCAUCAUGUGUUGUAGACUGUUUACGUUGCUGGCAGAUGGAAAACCGUUUUCCUCGUUUUCAGGUAAAGCUUCGGAUAACAGGCAACAAUGAUUUUCAGCACCAAGACGGCCUAAGUGUCGUUACGUGGAAGCGCAGCGUAUGUGGUGGCUCUAGAAAGAAGCGUCUAGAAAAACGAUGACAGGCCCACGAAGUUUUAAAAGCUGCAGUAUAAUAAUAAUAAUAAUUAGUAUUAUUAUUUAAAGAGCCCAAAAGCAACCACACUGGUCUCUAGAUUGAUGUGGCUCCGUGGCCAUAGGAAAGUGUAGGUCAUGGUUAUGGCGUCGAGGUAGACACCGAGGAUGAUGCUACCUUCUAAAACCAGUGGUCUUAAAUCUUCCCUUUUUUUUUUUUUUUUUAAUGAGGAAAGGAGAAUGCUUGGCUUUGGGAGAGGGCUUUAGCAGCUGUGAUAUUUUUGUUCUGUUGUGACGAAAUCUCCCAGGCCUUGUUUGCAUAUGAGGCAAGCUACGUGUUUUUGUUGUUUUUUUUCCUCCCAUAAUUUGUUCCUGCCGCAUUCUUUUUUUUUUUUCUUUUCUUUUUGCUAUUAGACGUUUACAUUUAUUGCAGCUGACUGUUUUACAGAGUUGCUAAACUUGAGUUGUGAUAGCAUGGCCGUUUAACAGGUGUCGUCAGUGUUUCGACAUUCACCAUUUUGCUUGUUUAAUCGCCACUGUGCUCGUAGUGUUGGUCGCGGUUAUGUAUAUGUCCCGCAUAAUCGUGGAAACACUACACGAAGCGAGUUGGCACUUGUGUUGGAAAGAAUAUACGCAACCAUUACCACGUCAACAGCUGAACGUCUAGACUCUUUGUCUGCUCCCAGUGUUUAUACAUUGCGCACACUGCAAUAUUUCUGUCGUUUCUUUUUUUUUUUUUUUGAGACUGUAUAGUAUACAUAGGGUAUUUAAAUUUUUUAGCCUGUUUUUUACUUAGAGAGUUUGCAUUCCAGCAAAGCAGUCGUGGGUGGCGGCGGCAGUCAUUGAUGUAACGCUGUUGUGGUGUUUUUGCUUUAGGUGGUAAGGCUUGCCGCUGCUAAACGCUGGUUCACGCACUUGUGUUUGGUGGCAACGUAGUGGCAACCGAGAGCGCUGUGGAGCCUUGUGCUGCCAGGGUGGACAGAUGAGGCCCUGCCCUUUUGCUAGCACCCUCUAUCGGACAGCUCUGGCACACCUGCAACGUGCGUGUAUUUCCCAAUGUUUUUGCACAUUAUUCUUUCACCGUGAGCCCGAAAAACUUUCGACAAUGUCACAAACGACCAUUUCUCAUAACUAGAGCGUAUGCUUAAUCUAUCAAAUAUUGCAAAAAAAAAAAAAAAAAAAAAAAAAUUGGUUUAACGCAGUUUUAAAGCUACCCUGUAGAUGGCGCUCGCAUGCCAGGUGUUUAAGAUUUCUAGAUUUCUACAAGUCCUUUGAAGCGCCGACUGCGUGACGGUAGAAAAAAUCGUAAGGGCGCAGGCGAGCUGGUGAAUACCAGCUCGCCUGCACCCAUACGAUUGAGACGUCGUCCUGUCUAUUUUCUGUCCCUUCUACGUUUUGAUAUUUCUUCUCUACCCCAGUCUCAGGUUAAUUCAACAUGCGUGACGGUGCAGGUUUUAAGAAGCGAAUGGCGGCGCACAGCAGAAGACUGAACCGAAUGACGCAUUUUCUUCCGGCGGAAUGUGCUUUGUCAUUUGUAUUGGUUGUCGUUAGUUGUGAAAAGGAGUCAAUACACGGGUCCAUAUCACAUGAGCGAAUAACGUUUUAGCGAACAGCGGUCAUUUGAGCGAAUCGGCGUUUUAGCGAAAGACGUAUCCCUGGGGCGCGUGUUAACCGACGCAUUCCCCUUCACUCACGCCGUUUCGCGGCGACAGUUUUCGGCGGCUCAUUACAAGGAUGUUAACCAUCGUGGCCCACCCGAAUACGCCGCUUUGCGGCUGCCGACCAUUUUUUCGAUGAAAAGUCGGGAGCGGGACUUUGUUCACCAAAAACGUCCUUCGACCACCUGAGUGCCAUCGUCAAGGGACUUUAGGCGUGUUGUGUUCUCUCGUGACGGAGCGCAAGGCUGCGCAUCGCACUCGGUUGCGACCGAAUGCGUGUGUGUACACCAGCCUUUAGAGGCAGAGUACAUAGCUAGCACAAAACCCAAUUCCUUAGCCCUUUUUUUACCCGGUUUUGUGCAUUUUGCCUUCCACCCAACCACCCCCUUCCCAGACUGCAAUGCUAUCCCUACGAAAAAAAAAAAGAAGUAUAUAUAUAUAUAUACAUAUAUGAAACAGGUGUGUGUAUGAUGACGACCAAAUUUGUCCAUGGUAGGUUUACAAGUUUGUCAGCUUAUUUAUUUGAAGAGAGGGGGAGAGAGAGAACUUGCAUUCCUUUGCUACGUUGAAAUAAAUAUUUUAUGCCACUUCA